GAAAACAAGCGUUAGAAACUCCAGUGCCCGAAUCAUUCACACGAUCACACCGGAAUAAACGCGCCUUUCUGGAUUAUUAACGCUGAGAUCCUGCACUGCUCAUUUUCUGUGGACACUGAGGGGUGUAUGAGGAAGAUGAGGGAUUUAAUGUGUGUGGUGGUGUUUGUGUUGAUCGUCUGCACGACGGUGCGAGCGAGGUGUCCGAAGCCGUGUGCGUGUCCCGCGGAGCGAGCCGUGUGCCCGCCGGGCGUCAGCGCCGUGCCCGACGCCUGCGGCUGCUGUAAGGUGUGUGCCGCCCAGCUGAACGACGACUGCCAUGAAGACAAGCCCUGUGACCAUCACAAGGGCCUGGAGUGUAACUACGGCAACGACGUGGCCAGUAUCCACGGAAUCUGCCGAGCCAAACUGGAAGGCCGCUCUUGUGAAUACAACGGCCGCAUGUAUCAGAAUGGAGAAAACUUCCGCGCGGGCUGCAAACACCAGUGCACCUGCAUCGACGGGGCGGUGGGCUGCGUGCCCCUGUGCCCCACUGAUAUCCCUCUGGCGUCGGCCUCCUGUCCCGCACCCCGACUGGUCAAAAUCCCCGGCCAGUGCUGCCUCAGCGUGGACUGUCACAGCGAGUCCUCCGUCCUCCCGCCGGUGUUCAGACGGCCGCAGCCGCCUCCGUAUCUGUUCCCCGACCUCCACGCCUACAAGAAACCCCGACCGAAGCCGUACCCCCGCAAGCCCAAAGACGCCCUGAGCAACGAGCUCAUAGAGCUGGAGAAAAAGUGGGAGAAACCACGCAGCCGAAAGCAUUUGCCAGCAUGGAAGCAAGCCGGACGGCAAUGUGUUGCACAGACGACAAGCUGGACGCCUUGUUCGCGCAGCUGCGGGAUGGGCGUUUCAUCUCGGGUCACCAAUGAGAACGCGCAGUGCAAGCUGCUGAAGGAAACCAGACUCUGCAGCGUCCGUCCCUGUAGUUCUGUGGCUGUGCCUAUAAAGAAGGGGAGGAAAUGCUCUCGCACCCAAAAGUCUCCAGAGCCUCUUCGCCUGCGCUACGCUGGCUGCCGCAGCACCCGCCUCUACCGACCAAACUACUGUGGGACGUGCCUGGACGGGCGAUGCUGCUCGCCCCGCCGCACUCGGACGGCCCCCGUGCUCUUCGCCUGCCCCGAUGGAGAGCACUUCGAGAGGGCCGUCAUGUUCGUGCAGUCCUGUAAAUGCAACGACGAAUGUGGCCACCUGAACGAUGCGGCGCUCCCGCCCCAACGCUGGCUGUACGGCGACAUGCACAAGUUUCUUGAUUAACGCCUCGUUUGUCCAAAGACCCGCCCCCACAUCUUUCCCCAUUCAAUAGAGUAGCGUUUCGAAGUGUAACUCUGAGUAGACGCCAGGCCGAGGCCUUAUUAUAACGCAAAUCCAUGUGGAAAAAAGGGCAAUUUUGGGUUUCCAAUCCCUUGUGCCGAGAGCCUUAGUAUAGAUGUGCUUACCGCCAGGAUCCAGGAUGGGAUGAAUCCCAGUUGUGAAUAUAUACAAUGGAUUUUCUGAUUGACUGCUCCUUACCACGAACAGUAAUGCAUUCUGAGGCACCUGUAUCUCAAUAAGACUUAAACAGGUUUGAAGGAAAAACUUGCCUCAGCGGGACGCUGGUUAGAUGCCUAAAUGUGGUGGAACUGACUCUCAGCUUCACAAGCUGGUCUUUACUUCUUCUUUAGCGAAUGCUUUGCCUCGAUGUUCAAAGAACAGCCGGCAAACACGAAGGAAACUCAAUGGGAAGUCGUUUUAAGCUACCCAAGGUUUGACUCAGCUGCUUGUGGACUCGAUGCUGAGAUUGAUGGUUUCGUGAGCCCAUGACUCCAUCAACUCACCGAGGGAUAUUUGCCAAGUGCCGCCGCUCCCUGGCGUCAAAAUGUCGGCUCCUCUGCUCCCGGCUAAUUACAAUCCUCUUCUUUGGGGGCAGAAAGAAACCCAGUAACCCUUUGGUUUGCAAUAAAAAUAUGUUUAAAACACCAGCAUCUGAUGUAAACAUGUAAUUUGAAAGUAAUGGGUGGGAUGGUUCCUUCAAACGCUGGUCUGUAAUCUACCACGUGAUGGCAGAGCCUCGUGCAAAUGGCACUGGUGUCUGUGUGUUUUAUAAUGCUGCAGUCUCUAUUUCUGCCUGGCAUUGGUGCAUGAACCAACGGAGGUGACGUCGCACCAUCUGCCCUGAAGAAUGAGAGUUUGAACAGGCUUUGAGACAAAAAAAACUACAUUUUGAAGGAAGAAAGCAUGCGGUCACUAAAUAAUUGUGCUACUUUUUUUUUUUAUUUAAGCUCCAUCUCAAAUGAGUAAAAUGGCAUACAUUUUACAUUUCAAAUGCCAUGUUUAUAAAAGCAUUUUUUUUUAUGUCGUGGAAAGGCUGAAUAAACUGUCAAUUACAUGCUGCAUGUAAACUUAAUGGAAAUAAACCCCUUUCUGUUGUUUUGUGU